UUUCCCGCCGGCGGGAGCUGAGGCUGAAGGGGGGUUGAACGAAGGGCUCGGAGCCGCACCACCAUGGCCGAACAGCUGUAUCUAGAAAACAUAGACGAGUUCGUCACGGACCAGAACAAGAUCGUGACUUACAAGUGGCUAAGCUAUACACUAGGGGUUCAUGUUAACCAGGCCAAACAGAUGCUCUAUGAAUAUGUUGAAAGGAAACGGAAGGAAAAUUCGGGAGCUCAGCUGCAUGUUACCUACUUGGUGUCUGGCAGUCUUAUACAGAACGGGCAUUCUUGCCACAAGGUUGCAGUAGUGAGAGAAGAUAAACUGGAAGCAGUGAAGUCCAAGUUAGCUGUGACUGCCAGCAUCCAUGUGUACAGCAUCCAGAAAGCUAUGCUAAAGGACAGUGGGCCUCUGUUCAAUACCGACUAUGACAUCCUUAAAAGCAAUUUGCAGAACUGCAGCAAGUUUAGUGCCAUACAGUGUGCAGCUGCAGUCCCCAGAGCUCCUGUAGAAUCCUCAUCUUCCAGAAAGUUUGAGCAAUCAAAUCUUCAGGCAGCAAGUGAGACACAAGCCAAUGAGCUGACUACCAAUGGCCAUGGUCCACCUGCCUCCAAACAGGCUUCCCAGCAGCCCAAAGGAAUUAUGGGAAUGUUAAUUUCUAAAGCUGCUACUAAAACCCAAGACACCAACAAGGAAACCAAAGCAGAGGCCCGAGAAGUAACAAGUGCAUCUUCCGCUGGGGGCAAAGCACCAGGAAAAGGGAAUGUGAUGAGCAACUUUUUUGGAAAAGCUGCUCUGAGUAAACUUAAAGUCAAUUUGGAUUCAGAACAAGCAGUAAAGGAAGAAAAAACAGUGGAGCAACCUCCAGUGUCUGUCACUGAACCAAAGCUGGCAGCUCCCUCAGCUCUGAAGAAAUCCAGCAGAAAGUCAGAGCCUGUGAAGAUGCAGCAAAAGGAAAAAAGCAACAGGGGCAAGCGAGCAGACUUAUCUGAUGAGGAAGUGAAGGAAACCGAAAACCUGAAGAAAAAGAGGAGAAGAAUCAAGCUUCCUCAGUCUGACAGCAGUGAAGAUGAAGUCUUCGCAGACUCUCCUGAGAUGUAUGAAGCAGACUCAGCAUCUCCACCUCCUGCAUCUCCACCUCCUGAUCCUAUUCCAAAAACUGAGCCCCCUCCUGUCAAGCAUUCAAGUGGAGAAAAAAAAAGAAAACGAAAGCGUGUACUGAAAUCUAAAACCUUUGUGGAUGAAGAAGGCUGCAUAGUGACUGAGAAAGUCUACGAGAGUGAGUCCUGCACAGACAGUGAGGGGGAGCUUAAGAUGAAGACAGCCUCAGCACACAGACCUCCUGCUGCCACUGUGAAAAGGGAGCCCAGAGAAGAACGGAAGGGCCCCAAGAAAGGGGCUGCUGCUCUGGGCAAAGCCAACAGACAAGUAUCCAUUACUGGCUUCUUCCAGAAAAAGUAAAUACUGCCCCUGGAAGGACUUGGGGUGGUCAAGGGAGAAGACCAAGUAUAGACUGUCACUUACUGUGUAAGUUUGCCUAGCUCCUUGCCUCGCCUGGAUCAAAUGCUGCUCUGCCAUCAUGGGACACGUGGACCACUUCUAUUUUAUUUACCCAAAAGGAAGUCACCUGGAAGCAGGAGGCAAAAGAAUAUUUUAAAACUGUUACAUUGUAAUAAGUUUAUAAAGCACAAUCUUUGACCUGCCUAGGAGAAUUCAUUCAAGAAUUCCCUACUGGGCCCCACUCAUCCUGUGCCAUGUUCUUCUCCUGGUCCUGUGUGUUCUGUGAACUUGUGACAAUGUUUUAUUUUAUGAAUUCUACUGGAUGUGUUCACUACUUCUCCAUGUUCCUCUCCCUACUACCAUACUUCUGUCCCCUGAUCCCACAAAACUGUUUUCUGUAAAUCUUUUAAGUCUUGGUCAGUUUUAAGCUAAAACUAAAAUCUUCUGUAAUUCCCUAUCUCUAUCAAUAUAGUGAGUGACACUCGGCUCCAGGCUAGGCCAGUGUGUAUUGUCCAGACCUUUCAUCAUGGAAGCUCCCUCAUCCUCCCUCACACUCACUGGUUAGGGCAGAGCACAGAGAUGUGCUAAUGUACCCAGCCUCACCAGAAAUGACCUAGAGUAACAUAGUGGGCAAUGACAGAGCUGUUAUGUUGCCAACACAGGGUACAGGUACACUUAUGUGUGGUUUCUUCCUUCCAAAUUUUCCAUACUUAAUACCUAGAGAGUGGAACCUGUAUAGUGAGAUGAAGGAUUAAAAUAAGAAAUGCUUUUUAUGCACCAGAUAAUUUCUCCCUCACAAGGAACUACAGAGUCCAGAAAUGUCAGUUUCCCAUUCUGGGAAGGAAGGGCGAACUUAGCAUACAUUUCUACACAGAUGUUGCUCCUCUGUUUUGUCAAGUUCUUCAUUUGCCCAGCAGUACAGGCUCCCCAGGAAGAGAUGGGGGGCUGACUGGCUAUAGAUAUAAACAGAAAUUAAACAUUUGCUUUUGUA